AUGAUGAAAAAGAGAAUUACAUCAUAACCAUUCUAAAAUUCAAGUCCACAGAAUAAGAAUGACCCACCAGCACUAUUUAAUUAGCAGAAUGUUUCUGCUUUUAUCAUUUAAAAUACCGAUGACUCCUAAAAUCCACAUUUCAAGAAUAAUAUGUAGCAUAUACCACUUGAUAAACUUGAAACUGGAGCUAAUCUUCACUAACUCGGCUAGUUAAGACUCGUAUCUGAGCAAAGAGUUAAUCACAAUACGAGCUAAUAAUUUCCAAUAACUGGAGACUAUUCAUAAUCAAAGUAUCUUAAACAAGUUGGAGUUAAUAUUAUUAAUGAAAAAUUUUAGAGUAGUUAAAAGUAGCCUCUUUGA